CCACCAUCUUCGCUGCCAUGAACUCACUCACACGGGCACCAAACCUUACUCUUGCGGCAUCUGUGGCAAGGCUUUCAACUUAAGCCAUCACCUUCGGCGCCACGAGAUGACCCACACAGGAGAGAAGCCAUUUGCAUGUACGGAGUGUGGUAAGGCCUUCACACGCAAGCAGCACCUCGACCGCCACUACAAGACACACACAGGUGAAUACCACAGAACCUUCAAAUGUCCCUUCUGUGAAAAAAUGUUCUUCCGAGCUCAUCACCGAGACAAACACAUGAAACGCCACGUUCUCACCACACCAGAUCUGACUGCUGCCACUUUCUCCCCUGUGAACAGCAUGAGCCUGUCUGUCCGGGCAGAUGGGACGCUCCGUGCCGAUGGGCUGAACUCUUCUCCUCUUAGUGUAGUCAGCAAGGGUGAUUCUCACAGCUCGGAUGAAUAUCUCACUACAGACGAGGAAGGGAAAACCCCAGAUUCACACAAACCGAAGGAGGGAAGCAAGAAACGGAAGGGCACAUCUCCGAUGAGGCUUCGGUUUCCAUAUGAUUAUAGUACCAAGGAAGGCUUGGAAGGAAUGAAGGUUUCUAAUAUGGAUAUGAGUGGGAUGAAGAACUUGCCAUUCCCACUCCCCCACGGAGUGGCAGGACCUAGUCACAUGCUUGGCUUGCCUAGCCAGACAGGGACACUUUUGGCAACACCAAAUCGAGGCCGACCACGAGGGGACAAAGGCAGGGGCGGCGGGCCAUCACGGGGCAAAAAGAAGGCAGAGAGAGCCCAGCUGAUAAACCAGAUAGCAAUGGAAAUGAAGACUGAGCGGAUAGAUAUGGAUAGAGAUGGAUAUGGUGGGGUGACAUUGACGAAGAAAGAUGAGGAGAUGAUUGCUAACAUGUACGGGGGUAAGGGCAUUCCCAACAUCCCACAGAAGUUUGUAUCCGAGUCAGUAGUUGUGAGACAUCCACUGCAAGUUGGAAGCCCACACACUAUGGGGCAACAGCAGCAGCAGCAACAACAACAACAACAUCAACAGCAACAACAACAUCAACAUCAACAACAACAGCAACAACAACAGCAGCAACAACAACAGCAGCAGAUGGGAGGCCAUGUUGGAGAUAAGGUUAUGACUAUUAAGCAAGAUGGAUCCACACCAGGUCCAGUUCAGACUCCAACGCCCGCUGCAACACCUGAUGGAAGAGGUCCUUCACUACAGUGGCAGUCCCAGCAACAGGUGGGCAUGAAUCCUUCGGGUGCUGGAGGUAACGGCACAGACUACAUGCCAAGUAUGAAUCGACAGUUGCACACCCCAGGUCCACAGUCAGGGGUCACCACCCCGGGGACCAACAACGGGACAUCAGGAGAUGUGCAACAGACCAUGCACUACAAACCACCCGGAACUCCCGAUCAGAAUCUCCACAACUCCUGGUCGUCCACGGGCAACUGGCCUCGCAUCUCUCUGGCUUCAGAACCUGUGGCGAAUUCAUACAACCAGGUUGAUACUUCACGGUUCAUGAACAUUUACAGUGCGUCUAAGGUCAUGGAGAUGCGGAUGGCCGACCUGAGAGGCCCACAGAACUUUGAUGGAAAUCAGUGGAAUCAAGGUCACCGCGAUCAGGGUCAAGAAAAGAGUGAUAACAGAAUAUACACCAUGCACCAGUAG